CCUGAUGUGUCCUGGUCACUGCAGGGCUGACGAUCUCCAGGUCUGUGUGGACCACGCCAAAAGGUGUCACGAUGGACAGUUCUGCAAGAUCUCCCAAGACGAGCACGGCCUGAAGGGAGAGUGUAAGGACGACCACGAACUACACCACUGCCAGGACGAGAUGAGGCACCACGACUGUGACGGACAUGGGCCCCACGAGGGACCACAUGGGCCGCAUUGUGUGCUGGACUGUUGUACGACCAAUGACUGUCUGCAGGGGAAGUUUGGCUCUGUGCUGACCACACAAGCCCCUCCCACAACUCCCGCCGCCGCCACCAGCAACGCCACCCUGUGGGACAAGUUCAAGGGCGACUGCAAGGACCAGGUGGCAAACGAUGGCUGCAAGACACUGGUCAAGACCCAGGAUGUGUGUCACGAUAGGCUAGCCCUGGACAUCUGCCCUGACACCUGUGGUCUCUGCAGUGCCAUCAACAGUACUGCUUGCCAGGAUACAGUGGUCAACGGCGGCUGCUCUGAUCUGCAGAACAACAAAGAUGUGUGCAGCGACCCUCUCGCAGUGUUUAUCUGCCCCCAGACGUGCAACAUGUGCGCUGUUUGA